ACUGCCGGCGACAAAUAUUUCCGGCCGAUGUUGGCUGGAAUUUUUUUGUUGGUGAAACUCGUGGCUGUGUGGCGGCUAUUUUUUCGGCUGGAUAUUUUAUUUCGGCGGCCGGCUGGUAUUUUUUGGUAAAACUGGCCUCAGAAUCGAAAAGUUGUGGCCGGGUCAAGAGAUCGAGCUUGAAAUGGAUCAAAGUGGUGGAGAUGCAACUCCAUUGGCUGGUGUCAAGCAUGUCAUCCUUGUCAUGUCAGGCAAGGGAGGAGUUGGGAAGUCCACAGUGGCCACACAGCUCGCGUUGGGUAUUCGUGCUGCCGGUCACCGAGUUGGUAUCCUGGAUAUAGACCUCUGUGGGCCCAGCAUUCCUAGGAUGCUCGGUCUAGAGGGGAAGGACGUCCACCAGUGUCCACAGGGCUGGGUGCCCGUGUACGCCGACCAGCAGCAGACUCUGGCCGUGAUGUCCAUCGGCUUCCUGCUGACUGACCGAGACGAGGCGGUCGUUUGGCGAGGACCGAAAAAGACUGCCAUGAUCAAGCAGUUUGUGACGGACGUGGCCUGGCAGGACGUCGACUACCUGUUGAUCGACACACCGCCGGGCACCUCGGACGAGCACAUCGCCAUCCUGGAGAGCCUCAGGCAGCUGCGCUGUGACGGCGCUGUGCUGGUCACCACUCCUCAGAACCUGGCCGUGGGUGACGUCCGCCGCCAGGUCACCUUCUGUCGCCGCACCGGCCUCAAGGUGCUCGGUAUCGUGGAGAACAUGAGUGGCUUCGUCUGCCCCAACUGCUCGGAGUGCACCAACAUCUUCUCGUCGGGCGGUGGUGAGCAGCUGAGCUCGGUGGCCGGCGUGCCGUUCCUGGGCCGUCUGCCGCUGGAGCCGCGGCUGGCCGCCGCGCUGGACGCCGGAGCGCGCUGACCGAGGCGGCGCCCGCCGCCGGACCCGUGGCAGACGCCGUCUCAGAGAUAGUGCGCGGCCUGCUGCAGACGGUGCGGUGACCGAGCGGCCGCUGCCGACGACUGCCGGCCCACCCGAGCGGUGGGUCGGGCCUCCUGGCCUGCUGUCGGGGUGCAGUGGUCCCUUCUGGCUCACCAUCAGCUCAGAACUGGGUAUUUCAGUGCCGCCACCAGUGAUGAAACUGCUCAGCCAGUUGUGGGGAUGUCGUAUUCCCAACAGUGACGGGUACCCGGCUGCUAGUGUCGCCAACAGUGAUUAUAUUUCCGAGAGGGCCAGUGACCGACUAGCGCUCCUGUGGCCCGUGUGAUCAUUGUCGGUCAGCACACCGCCCCGUGCUGAUUGAGCCGUGAAGGCGCCGGAAUGGAGUGGACACAGUCUCGGCACGGUGAUAGCAGUUGCCAUCGGUGCCGCCGGGCCGUUCAACUCUCGCUGACCUGUCCGUCCGUGGGCCGGGCGGCUUCCCGACCCGUCCAUGGUCUACCCGUUGGCCGGGCGGCUGUCCUGUUCUGUCUGAAGUAGUCGUCUGAUCCGACUGAGUCCGGUCCGAAUGAUACCAAACACUGGCGCGAGGGCUACACUAGUGAUCAUAUAUUGACGAACGGAAUAAUAUAUGAAAUAAUGCUUUAA